AUGUCGGCGGCUAUGGAACAUUCGUAUCCCAAACUGAGCCUGGCUAUGGAUCGCGAAUCCCGUUGCAGCAGCACCGAUGGAUCUUCAAGCGUCGCGCACGAAGAAUACUUUCCGGAAAAAUGUAACCCUCACUAUGCCUCGGACUCUGCUACUUAUUUUCAACCGUUGACGGGGCAAAAUAAUAGUUUUUAUAACCACAGCCCGGCAUCGGGAUCCCAUAUAGGCACAAAAUUUCAACAGCACUCGCAGCAGCAACAGCCCCAAAACAUGCCUGAAACCACCGGAUCCAGACCGGCAACGGAACUCAGUUCAAUGGACCUAGAAGAUCUUCCGUCAUUGUUUUCGCCUCUUUCCGCUUUCCUGAAUGACGUCGAUUUUGAAGAGAACAUGGUGGACAUCCAAGAACUGGAAGAAUAUCUCGUAGCUCCCAGUGAUGCAACAACAAUGAAUACGUUUGAGUUAUUGAUGAAUGAACAAACUGAGGAUCAGGGCAGUGCACGGGUUCCAGACACUGAUAGUGUGGUGAGAUUUUUCGGAAUUCCGGAUCUGUGA